AUGGCUAUCCACUCAUCAAAUAAUAAUUACUUCUACAUUAUGUUUAUUUGUUCCCUAUUAUUUGGCAUAUGUUCAUCUCAGCUAACAUCAAAUUUCUAUGAUUCAACAUGUCCCAAGGCACUCUCUAUAAUCAAAUCUGCAGUGGCCAGUGCAGUGGCGAAAGAGCAUCGAAUGGGUGCAUCGUUGCUUCGUCUUCAUUUCCAUGAUUGCUUUGUUAAUGGAUGUGAUGCAUCAAUUCUAUUGGAUGACACUUUAACAUUUACGGGAGAGAAGACAGCUGCUCCAAAUUUGAAUUCUGUUAGAGGUUUUGAUGUAAUUGAUAACAUCAAAUCUCAAUUGGAGAGUGCUUGUCCUGGAAUUGUUUCUUGUGCUGAUAUUCUCGCUAUUGCUGCUCGUGAUUCUGUUGUUUCAUUGGGUGGUCCAUCAUGGAAUGUUGGAUUGGGAAGAAGAGAUUCAACAAGUGCAAGCAAAGAUGCAGCAACUAAGGAUAUUCCAUCCCCUCUUUUGGAUCUUAGUGGCCUCAUAACUGCUUUCUCCAAUAAGGGUUUCACCACUCAAGAGAUGGUAGUCCUCUCGGGAGCUCAUACAACAGGACAAGCAAGAUGCCAAAUAUUCAGAGGAAGAAUCUACAAUGAAACAAACAUUGACACAAACUUUGCAACAUCAAUGAAAUCAAAUUGUCCAAGCAGUGAUGGAGACAGCAACCUCACAGCACUUGAUGUCACAACAAAUGUGCUUUUUGACAAUGCUUACUUCAAGAACCUUGUCAACAACAAAGGCCUUCUUCAUUCUGAUCAGCAGCUCUUUAUUAGUGGCGGUUCCACUAACUCUCUUGUCACUAACUAUAGCAACAGUUAUUCAGCUUUCUUUGCUGACUUCGCUAGUGCUAUGGUCAAAAUGGGAAAUUUAAGCCCUUUAACUGGUACAACUGGCCAGAUUCGUGCCAAUUGCACCAAAGUUAAUUAA